AUGAAUUUAAUUACUUUAAAUUUUGAAGUUUCCUAAAUAGAAAAGGAGUUUAGAGAAUCAAAACAAAAAUUAUUUUCAACAAUCCUGGUCUAUUAAAAAUGGAUCUUUGGUUUAAUCAAUUUUCUGUCUUUUGUCAGUUGUUUGAUUUCUAAAAAUUGGAUAAUUGCAUCAAUCAGUUUAGGAACUCUAAUCCUUAUUUUAAUAUCAAUAAAGGUCCAUAAGAAGUAUCCAUAUGUUUAUGAAAUUGCAAUUAUUGUAUACAUUCUCUUAAUAAAUGCGUAUAUAGCUUUAGAAUACUAAUUUGCCAGCAUAGAUUGGCAAUAUACUGAAAUAUUUUUUAUUUCCUUCACUUUUGCUAGGUACUCUAUUUUCUUAACAUUAUUAAGUUUAUUAAACCUGAUGAAUUUUAUCAAAAGAGCCUUAUUAUUAUUAAUUACCGUAACCUUUCAUCUUAUAUUUGGAAUUCGACAUUAGGAUAUAAAUGCUGAUACAUAUAUAAGAUAUUUAUUGUAUGUUAUCUUAUAUGUUUAAUUUAUGUAUUAAUUUGAAAGGUUAUUGAGAAUUAUUUAUUUGGAUUAUUAGAAAUGUCAAUAAUUCUUGAAUAAAAUCUCAAAAUUCAAAGAUGUUUAAAGUUAUUCAGUUAAAUAUGAUGAAAGAAAAUCAUUAAUUUUGAUUGAGAAAAAUAAUAACAAAAGAAUACUUAAAUAGGAUUAGGAAGAAUUUUUAAAAAUGAUUACUAAUAUGUAAUUAUCUAUGUAAAAUUAAAAAUCAAGGGUUGCUUAAAUAAUUUCGGUUGAUAAUUUAUUUUCCCCAAAAAAACAAUCUCUUAAGUAAUUACUAGUUUAUUAUACACAAGAAUCAAAUACAGAUAUGAAUGAUACUCCAUCUAAAACAAGAGAAGAUAUUUAAAUCUAUGGAUUUUAUUAAUAAAAAGUGUUUGCUUUAAGUAUUUUUAGAAGUAUAGAUGUUUAACCUAUAACAGUAUUAUUGAUGAAAGAGAGUAAAUCUGAAUCAUAAGAAGAAGAAUUAAGAUUGAGAAUGAGAAAUAAUUAAAAACAACUUAAUUAUAUACAAUAAAUAUUUGAUAGAUAAAUUAAAAAAUCUCUUAUUUAUUUUAGAUGGAUUAAAAAUUUUGCCAAUAAAUAAACAGAUGGAUAUCUAAUAAAUAAAUCAUUAAAAAUGAUUAAUUAUAGUUUAAUUAAAGGAUAUACAGAUUUCCUUAAUUUAGAGACAUUUAGCUUAUCUAAGAUGUUAUGUCCUGGAAUCAAAUAAUUUGAUCUUAUAUUAUUAAUUAAAGAUGUUUUUGCCUUUUAUGAUGGAUAUAAUAAAUAGAAACCUGAAUCUAUGAGUUAUAUCCAAUAAUAUGAGAUUAUUAAUAAUUUAAGUAGUAAUAGCAUUUUUUCUGACUUCAAAUAUCUAAAAUUAUUACUAUUUAACUUAAUUCAUUAUACAAGUGAAAAAUCAUAGACAAUAACAGUAAUAUUAGAUGAAGUAACUACAGAAUUUUCAUAAACACCUAUAAUAAGAAUUAAAAUACAAUAUUAAGCUCCUAAUUUAACAAAGGCUCAACUACAUAGUUUACCAAUUUUGAAUCCUUAAUCUUUGGAAGAAUUAAAGCACAAUAGUACUGUGCCUUUAGAUUUAGAUUUAGCAGUUUCAUUAAUAUUAAUUAGAAGAUUAGGACCAUUUGAUAGAAUGAAGUUAGUUUAAUAAAAACGAAAAUGUAAUUAUUUAGAAUUUUACAUUUUUUAAUAACUAAUGGAAGAUUAUUUGUUGAUUCCUAUAAAAUCAAUGAAACCAUCAGACAAAAUAAUAGUUUAAGAAUAUUCAAAGAUUGCUAAUUCAUUUUCAACUUCGAUCCAAAUUGAAUCUGCUGGAGAAAGUUUCUAAUUUUUAUGA